AUGAUUUCAAUAAUAUAUACAUUCUUUUUGAUAAACCUCAUAGCUGCAGUACCAUUACCAGCAAUAAUAACGAGGUAUCAUACUGCUGAAGCAGUAACACAAACUAUUUUAAAAACAACAGGCACAACAACAGUUUGGAUAGCACCAGUUGGAAUAUUCGUAAAUCCUGAUGGAAGUUCUUCAACAAGUACUGUUUGGGAUGGUCAAUGGAAUACUUAUCCUGUUACUUUCACUUCAAAUGUUAAUAAAGGUGCCGCUGCUCCAGCUCCUACCACACCUACUACUACUCAAGAGCCAGCACCCGAACCAACUACACAAGCUCCUGCAUUAGUUCAACCAACUACUACUUCUAUUGCUCCUCCACCAACAACUGAAACUACACCACCUCAACCUUCAACUACUGCAGCUCCUCCUCCUCCUCCUCCUCAACCAGAAACUACUCAAGCUGCACCACAACCACAACCAACAACUUCAUCUCAAGCUCCUCCUCCUCCACCUAAAUCAGAAACUACUCAAAAUCAACCAGAGACAUCAUAUGUUGCUCCAACUACUUCAACUACUUCCACAACCACUACAUCAAGCUCAACUACAACUCAAGGUUCACAACAAACACCAUCUGAUGCUAAAGGAGCAGGAUUAAAUGCCAAUUUAAGUCCACCAAAUUCAAUAGUUUAUUCCCCAUAUGCUAAUGAUCAUGGAUGUAAAUCAUCAGAUCAAAUUAAUGAAGAUUUGGAAUUCAUUGCAAGUAAAGGUAUAAAAAACAUUAGAUCAUAUGGAACAGAUUGUGGUUCAUUAACUACUGUAUUAACAAAAGCAAAACAAUUAGGAUUAACGGUUAAUCAAGGUGUUUGGAUCUCCGAAGCAGGUAUAGAUUCAGCUGAUGAUCAAAUUAAUCAAAUCAUAUCAUAUGGACAACAAAAUGGUUGGGACAUAUUCAAUUUAAUUACAUUUGGUAAUGAAGCAAUAAAUUCAAAUUUUAUAAGUAUAAAUGAUAUGUUAAAAAAAUUUAAUUCAGUUAAAUCUAAAUUACAAUCAGCUGGUUAUCAAGGUUAUGUUACAACAGCUGAACCUCCUGCUACAUUUAUUAAAUAUCCUCAAUUAUGUACUCAAACUAAUAUGGAUAUAGUUGCAAUUAAUCCUCAUUCAUACUUUAAUGAAAAUAUAAGUCCAGAAAAUUCAGGAAAUUAUGUUACAUCACAACAAUCACAAGUUGCUUCAUUAUGUAAUGGUAAAUCAGUAUGGAUAACAGAAACUGGUUAUCCUUCUCAAGGUUCAACUUUAGGUUUAAAUGUUCCAACUUUAUUAAAUCAAAAAAUUGCAAUUGAAAGUAUAUUAAAAGAAACUGGUGGUGAUUGUACUAUUUUAACUACUUAUAAUGAUUUUUGGAAAGAUCCAGGUCCAUAUGGUAUUGAACAAUAUUUCGGUGUUAUAAAUUUAUUUAAUUAA